CUCCUCCAAAGCCCGUUGCCUCCUCAAUUCGCUAUGCGCCCGUCCAGCCAGCCAGCCAGACUCAACCCAACAGCGGGUCACCACUCCUUCCCCCGCACCCAGAGCAUUAUCCCCUCCAAGAUGGAGGCGCUGGAGGUUUUGGGGGGCUACCCGAACAAGCCCUCUAACCCUCGAUCACGAAUGGUCAGGGUUUUACUGAGUAUGACUGUUGUUAUGGGAUGUUUAUUAAUGUUACAUAGUUUUCUGAAAAUCGCUAUGUCGCGGAAGCCGCAAGAUUUCUACUCUUUUGAGGUGAAGGACGCCAAAGGGAAAAGCGUUUCUCUGGAGAGAUACCGAGGCAAAGCGUCUCUGGUUGUCAACGUGGCGAGCCACAGCGAACACACAGACAAUAACUACCGCUCUCUGCAAGAGCUGCACCGCGAACUGGGGACGUCCCAUUUCAACGUGCUGGCUUUUCCCUGCGGCCAGUUCGGGGACACCGAGAUGGGGACCAGCCGGGACAUCGAGGCCAACGCCAAGAACACCCAUGGUGUCACCUUCCCUAUCUUCAGUAAGAUUAAAAUCAUGGGAUCGGAAGCGGAACCAGCUUUUAAAUUCAUAACAGAUUCUGUAAAAAAGAUUCCUAAGUGGAACUUCUGGAAGUUCCUGGUGAACCCUGAGGGCCAGGUGGUAAGGUACUGGAAGGCAGAGGAGCCCGUCGAGAGCGUGCGUCAGGAGGCCACGGCCAUGGUGCGUCAGAUCAUUCUGAAGAAACGGGCAGAGCUCUAACAGGUUUGAACUUGGAACUUGUCGAGACAGGAGGGAGACCUCUGAGUUCAAGAGUUCAGUUGAACGUUCCUGGGCUACUGUACGACGGACGAACAUUUCAACACACUUUAUUACCCUGUGACAUGGGAAAUGAUUUGGCCACUUUGCAGAAGAUCAUGCUCACUGCACUGUAGGUGGGUUUACUAUUCCACUGGAUCGCAGCAGGACUAGAAUAACAGCUGUGUGUCUCUGUGUCUCUCUGUGUGUGUGUGUGUGUCUCUCUGUGUGUGUGUGUCUCUGUGUGUGUGUCUCUCUGUGUGUGUGUGUC